AUGAAUCAUGCUAUCAUAUAUGAGAAAUGUGAAACUAGUUUUAUACUAAGCAAAAUGCUGCCGAAUGAUGUACGUUUGGAACAUAUUAUCAAUAAAUUUCUAUUACAGAAUAUGCAAAAGCAAACUCCUACCGCCUGUGGUAUUAUUGAUUUAGAUCUAUUGAUUUUAGGCGCAGUGUUCUACAUAUGGUUUCGAGAAAAAGCAUAUUUAUUUGCAAUAGAUGCCGGUCGGGAAACUGGAAUCUUAGCCAUAACGCUAAUAGCUAACAGAAGUUUGCAUAUCUUCGAGAGAGGUCUAUGGUUUGUGAUGAUAGUGAUUUGUAUAUAUUAUGUGAUUAAUGUUAGCAGUUUACAAUUUUUGCGUUAUGUUACCUCUCCGACUGUUGUUUCCGUGGAUCGAGAUUAUCGUGGUUGGACUGGAAUGCUGCCGGCAGUGACGCUUUGUUAUUAUGAUCAUGUGGAUGCCUACAAAGCAAAUGAAUAUAUACAAAAUGUUUGGAACGUGUCUAUAGUCGACGAAGACUAUUUUUAUUAUAUGGAUUUUUUGUAUGCAGUGGUAAAUGCUACUGCUGCAAACUAUGUGGAUCUCGCACGAUUCGCAGAAAAUGAGAGAUUCGAUGAAGUGAAUCUGUUAGACUUAAUACAUGCUAUAGAUAAACCAUUUGAACAGGUACUAAGCAGUUUUGAUGCUAAUUUCGAAAUACAGGUGUUACCAGUUAUGACAGAACGUGGACUAUGUUAUGCUAUAAACUCGCCAAUGUCAAAGAUUUUAACCGGCAGUAAAAUAACUUAUAAGGAUUUAAGGCAACCACUAACUUGUCAGUACGGUAAACAGCAGUGCUAUAUAAAAAUGGAUCUUUUUGAAAGUACUGGGACGAUCGAUGUACAUUCGCCACUUGAAGUAUCAGCUACCGAUGCUAGUGUAAUUUCUUUACAUAAAUCAGAUGAAAUAAUCGCUUCGUAUAAGGUACAUGAAACAGUUGCUUCAGCUAAUUUAAGAGCUUUGAAUGUGGAACAAAGAAAAUGUGUAUUUUAUGAUGAAGAAACAUCACAACUUAAAGUUUACAGUAAAACCCUUUGCCUAGUACGAUGUCGUGCUGUUAUGGCUUUAGAAAUGUGCAACUGCGUGCCAUUCUUUUAUCCUUUUGUGGAAGGACCUAGUUGCAGUCCCGCAGGUUUCGAAUGUCUACUAGAUUUUAAGUGGCCAAUAUGGGCUUUACAUAUUUGCAAAUGUCCAAGCACUUGUGCUGAAAUUGAAUACACCGUACAAACUGUCAAGAAGAGCUCCUGGGGAAUAAAAGCUAACGAGGAUGGUUCUAAAAGUGACUCAGCAACUUCCAGUUUUCGUUGGGAUCUUAUACCACCAAAAGUGCGUUUUCGCAGAGAUGUGGUAUUUGGCUUAGAAGACUUAUUAGUUUCAUUCGGUGGUGCUUUAGCAUUAUUUUUGGGCUUUAGUAUUAUGUCUAUAAUUAAACUGGGUUAUGUAUUAACAUAUCAUACUUUAAAAAAUUUCUAUGAUUUUUUUAUUAAUUUUCCGAAAAUGAAUCAACAAUAUUUAGAAAGCCGAAACUCACAGCCAAUCCAAACAAUCCAAAAAGUAAACCUAUCGAAGCCUAAUAAUAAUUUUUCAAAACGUAAUUCCACUCAACCAAAUAGAGAAAUUAAUACUGAGUGUAACAAUGUGGAUAAUGCAAAUUUAAACGAAACAAUGAGUUUACCUGAAUUUGAAUACUUGAAUUAA